AAGGUGCAGAGUGCUGUGUUGGGUAGACUAGCGGUCAAGAAGCUGUUCAAAAAGAAGGUGUGAGAGACGAAUGGCUAGUGGAUAGACACACUUCAGAACAAGAAGAAGAAGAGAGAGAGAGAAACAUUGUUAGAUAUAGAGAAAGGGAGAGAGUGAAAGUGAGAGAGAUAAAAAAUAGGGGACGGUAAAACGAGUGGAGGGAGUGGUACAGAAACCUACUUCAAAAUAAGGACAACAAAGAGACUGAUGAGGUCAGUGAGAGAGAGUGAGUCAGUGGUAAUCGUCUAAGGCAGUGAAUUGUUUAGUAAAGAGAGGAAAUACACAACAGAGAUGGUAGUGGCCACCUCUCAGGGUGACUGAACCAAUCAGGCGUCACGUUUCAUCAAGAAGGACUCUCCUCAGCUCAGACAGGAGGACUGGGGGACACAGGUGCCAUCAUCACCAGGCGAUCUGGACAUCGAGCUGAUAGGACGAUAAAAUACCAUUCUGUGGCAAAGCAAAGAUCUAGAGGGUGAGACUGCUAUGGAUUAAAUCAGUGAGGAAGAAGAUAUAUUUGAAAUGAAAACCUCCAGCAAGUUCACACUCCUCUCCCUUACUGUGUUGAGCUGUGUGAGCUGUAAGGAGAUCACAGUGAGAGGACAUGAGGUAGGAAAUGCUGUCAUCAACUGUCCAUAUCAGAAGGGUUAUGAGUCCUACCCAAAAUACCUAACGAAAGGAGAGUUUAAAGACCGUGUUGAAAUCAUCCGGUCUCAUGACCAGAGAAAAUGGACUGACAGAGGGAGAGUGUCUCUGCAGGACAACAAGGACAACAAGUUCACUGUGACCAUCCAUAACCUGACCCUAGAGGAUGCUGGGAUAUAUUGGUGUGGAGUUGACACAUGGGGAAGAGAUACGUACACCUCAGUGAAGCUCACAGUAGUUAGACAGGCCAACAAACCGACAGCUGCCAUUCCCACAGUCACUGCAGAGGUCACCACGGUUACUCUCUCCAACACUGUACCUGUGUCCACCCAUAACACAACAACUGCACCGCUGACCAACAUCACAGAGUCUGAGAGGACAGAGUCUGAUCCCACAUCAGCUGCAUCAGGCGGCCAUCUAGCUAAUCUCUCUGGGGGUCUUGUUGUUGCCGUGGUGAUAUUUGCUCUACUGGUAGUGACUUUUAGGCUGAUGAAGAGAAGAGCUGAGAAAAAAAGAGCAUUACCCACACCUCUUUCUGGAAACAUCAGACCAGACUCGUGUGUGUACUCAGAAAUACAGCCUACAUCUCCGCAUGCCACUGAUGGACCCGACCAGAGUGACCAACGGAGCAGUCCAGCUCUGACAUCCAUCUACGCCCUGGUAACACCUCCAGCUCCUGUUCCUGCUCAACACCAUAAAGCAGCCAAUCAUCUUCCUCAACACCAUAAAGCAGCCAAUCAGCUCCCUCAACCCACCACUGCCAGUGAUGACAUCUACUCCCUAGCAACAAAUCUGACGCAGGCUCUGCACUCGGGUGUGACUUCAGUAACCAAUCAGCAUGAGCCUGGCCCUGCCACUGCAGCCACUGGUGGUGAUGUCAUCAACUCCAUAGCAAUCAAUCUGAUGCCAUCUCUGCCUACAAGAACAUCUGUAUCGUCAACAACCAAUCAUCAGUCUGACCCUGCCAUCUACUGCAACCUCACCUCAGCCAAUGAGAAUCCAGAUGGUUCUGAAUACGCAACGGUUGUCUUCAGGGAUGAGCCAAUUGGCUCUGAUUCUGCCUCUGUCAGUUUCUCCAAAAGUGGCGCCUCCCCCCUGUAGAGAGCAGCUAGAGCUGUUUUAAUAGGGGGCGAUCUUAGCCAAUAGCAAGUGGGGAAAAACAUUAAAACACCUCCUGGUGGCCCCAGCUGUGGCGCAAUUGGCUGGGGCACAUGCACCGUACGCCGGCGACCCGGGUUCAAUUCCAGCCCCUGGU